AGCCUUGCAACACCACAUUGAUCCGCCUCCUCACUGCUUUGUUUUCGUUUGGAGCGACGAAUCGAAAGUAAACAAGAAAGAGAAAAUGGCGUUCGCGAUGAGAGUGAAGGUUCCACCAAACUCUGCGAAUUUGCAAGAAGCUAGGCAUCGAACCUUUGAUUUCUUCCGUGCAGCUUGCAGAUCUAUUCCUUCGAUCAUGGAUAUUUAUAACCUAUACGAUGUUGUAAACCCUUCUGAGCUUCGCUCCACCAUCGCCGCCCAAAUCCGCAAGAACGCCCAUAUCACUAACCCUAAGGUGAUUGAUAUGCUGCUAUUCAAGGGAAUGGAAGAGCUAAGCAACAUAACAGAACAUGCAAAGCAACGGCAUCAUAUUAUUGGCCAAUAUGUGGUUGGUAAUAAAGGGCUUGUUCAAGAUGUGGAUACAAAGGAUGAAGGAUUAUCUCCAUUUCUCAAAAAUUUCUACAAUUCCAACUACUAAUGAACAUCUCAAUCCCCAUGAUUAAGUCUUGUUUUAUGUGUUGGUUUUCAAAUAAAAAACAUGUUUCUUGGAUUCUUGUAUGAAUAACAUCAUCCUUUUGCUUAUUACAAGCAAAUUUGUUGGAUACUAAAACAAAAUUUUCUCUAAGUCUUUUUUGGGGGUUACCCUUUGUUGGCUAUACAAUAUGGAAAUUGAUGCUUGUUUAUCCA